GCCAAACUCAAAAAGGCCUUUUUCUCCAUUUCUCUGCUCCAAAAUUUCCUCUUCCUUCUCUCUUCCCUCAAUUCAUUCUGGCCAAAGGCCACUCCUUUCUCUUUCUCUCUCAGCUCACCGGAAAUAAGAAAUCGAAGAAACUACGACGACCCACUAAUCAUUGCUCGCCACCGCCACUUCCGACGAUAAAAAGGAGUCGAAUUUCCGGGUAAAUAGUCAGCUAUGAGAGCUGGGCUCAGCACGAUCCAGCAAACCCUCACGCCGGAGGCGGCCAACGUCUUGAACCACUCGAUUGCCGAGGCCGGCCGGCGAAACCACGGCCAGACGACGCCGCUCCAUGUGGCGGCGACUCUUUUGUCUUCCCCCUCCGGCUACCUCCGGCAGGCCUGCAUCAAAUCCCACCCCAAUUCCUCCCACCCGCUCCAGUGCCGAGCUCUGGAGCUCUGCUUCAGCGUGGCCCUCGAGCGGCUGCCCACGGCGGCGGGAGCCAAUUCGGGUCCCGGUUCACAGCCCGACCCGCCUAUUUCCAAUGCGCUAAUGGCGGCGCUGAAGCGCGCCCAGGCGCAUCAGCGAAGAGGGUGCCCCGAGCAGCAGCAGCAGCCGCUGCUGGCCGUGAAAGUCGAGCUGGAGCAGCUGAUUAUCUCGAUUCUCGACGACCCGAGCGUGAGUCGGGUCAUGAGGGAGGCCAGCUUCUCGAGCCCGGCUGUGAAAGCCACAAUUGAACAGUCUCUGAACUCGCCGCCAGCUCCGCAACCUAAUUCCGGCCAAAUUGGGCAGGGAUUCCGGCCGCCGGGGUCCGUCCCUGUUCCCACGGUGACGGGGAACCGGAAUUUGUACGCGAAUCCCAGGUUGCAGGGGACGGCGGCGGCGGGUGGAGGAGCAGGGCAGUUGGGCCGGAGCGAGGAAGCGAAUCGGGUCAUGGACAUCCUGCUCCGAAGCAGGAAGCGGAACCCGGUUUUGGUUGGGGAAUCGGAGCCGGAAAUGGUCGUUAAAGAAGUUCUCAAGAGGGUAAUCGAAAGUAAAGAUAUUGGGGACGAGGGUUUGUUGAAGAAUCUUCAAGUGAUUCAUUUGGAGAAGGAGUUCCUCGAGAAAUCCCAGAUUAGUUCGAGGAUUGGUGAGCUGGCCGGGUUGGUGGAGACCCGGAUUGCGAGUUCGGGUUCUGGAGGUGCGAUUCUUGACUUGGGCGACUUGAAAUGGCUGGUGGAGCAGCAAAUUGGGUCGGAUUUGAGCAAGACCGCCGUCGCCGAGAUGGGGAAGCUGGUGGCGAAGUUUAGGCAGAGUGGGAAAAAGAUUUGGUUGAUUGGUACAGCUACUUGUGAGACUUACUUGAGAUGCCAAGUUUACCAUCCAUCAAUGGAGAACGAUUGGGAUCUUCAGGCUGUUCCAAUUACUAACAGAGCUCCUCUCCAUGGAUUGUUCCCCAGGAUUGGGAAUACUGGAUUUCUUGGCAACUCGCUUGAGUCAUUGUCAUCAUCAUCACCAUUGAAGGGGUUUCCCGCGGUGUCGAUUGCUCCACCGAAACGUCUGUCUGAUAAUAAUCUUGAUACUGUGAAAAAGUCAGCAAAUUUCUGCCCACAGUGCAAGCAUAACUUCGAGCAGGAACUGGCAAAAGUUGUCCCGAAGGAGCUUGUUGAGAAACCUUAUACUGGAGAAGCUAAGUUGGAAGCAACUCAGCAGCAGCAGUCUUUGCCACCAUGGUUGAAGAACGCCACGAAUACUAAAGAUGAUUCAGCGACCAAGGACCAAGAGUUGCUGCAGAAGAAAUGGCUCGAUACGUGCUUACGCAUUCACCCCGGCUUCCAUCAGCAUCACCAACAGAGGAAUCUUCAGUCUGGUGGUGCUACUGCUGUCCCGAUGCCGAGUUUGUUUAAUCGAACCCUUGUGCCUUGUGUGCCUAAGAUCGGUUUGACUGGAGGAAACCCUACCUUGCAACUGCAUACCAACCUCUUGCCUAAACAAAACUCCACCAGGCCAGUACUUAGUCCACCUACAAGCCCUGUUAGAACCGAGCUGGUUCUUGGGCGUCCUAAAGUGGCUGCUCAGGCCAUUACCAAGGACCUUUUGAGCACUGCUGUUGCUGCUGCUGCUCCUGGUCCUGCUCCCGAGUUGGAACCAAAGAACUUGCAUGACUUUCAGAUUAGUAAACUGCUCAACAAAUUGGAUGCUGAUUCGUUCAAGAAACUUGUCAAGGGACUCAUGGAGAAAGUAUGGUGGCAGCAAGAUGCAGCAUCAGCAGUUGCCACAGUGAUGACACAGUGCAAAUUAGGGAGUGGAAAACGAAGGGGCAAUGCUUCAAAAGGUGAUAUCUGGCUAUUGUUCACAGGGCCAGACCGAAUCGGGAAGAAGAAGAUGGCAGUUGCUCUCUCGGAUCUCCUUCGCCAAUCCAACCCAGUGACAGUCCGACUGGGCUCACGUCGUGAUAAUGAUGAGGUAAACUUCCGUGGUAAAACUGUGAUGGAUCGAAUAGUAGAGGCAGUAAGAAGGAACCCAUUUUCAGUCGUAGUGCUCGAGGAUAUUGAUGAGGCAGAUAUGUUGGUGAAGGGGAGUAUAAAACGAGCUAUGGAAAGGGGUCGACUUGCUGACUCCCAUGGCAGGGAAAUCAGCUUGGGAAAUGUGAUUUUCAUCCUCACUGCCAGCUGGCUGCCGGAGAGUCUCAAGUUCUUGUCCAAUGGAUUUACAUUGGACGAAAAGAAGAUUGCAAAUCUUGUAAAUGGAGGUUGGCAGCUGAGGCUCUCUGUUUGUGGGAAGACAGCUAAACGUAGGCGUGUAAGAGAAGAUCUGACAUUCGACUUGAAUGAAGCUGCAGACAUCAACUGUGACUUGAGUGAUGUAACAGUUGACCAUGAGGAUGAGCAUUACUUGAGCAGCAAGGUACUAACAACACCAACUGCCUCGGAGCUACCCUCAGAUCUACUCGAUUCGUUUGAUGAUUGUAUAGUGUUCAAGCCGGUGGAUUUCGGUGGGAUCAGAAAGGAUGUCUUGAAUUCGAUCACCAACCGAGCAUCGUCGAUUAUUGGGGAAGGGAAUUGCUUGGAGAUUGAAGUAGACGCACUCGAGAAAAUCUCCGGUGGGUUGUGUUUGGGGUUUGAUGGGUUGGAGGAAUGGACAGAGAAAGUCCUGGUCCCGAGCUUGCGCCAACUGAGGAUGAGGUUUGGAACAGAUCAAUCCAUGGUUGUUCGGCUUGAACCGGAUACUGAUUCAGAUAGCCGAGGGCCUGGAGAUUGGCUGCCGGGUAGUGUGAGAGUCAUGGUCGACGGGCGUUGAAUGAUAAAGGUACAAUCUUUAUGAUUCUGUGACAUAGAGAAUGUAAAUAGGAUCAGAAAAUCUUUUGGCCAAGGGCUUGUUGGAACACAGCUCUUGGAUCUGGGAAUAGGGCCUUUGGUUUUGAUCUUUCAUUUCAUCACACUAUUGUUCCCCCCACCAUAUCGCCCUUUGUAAUUUUCUCCCAAAGAAAUUUUGAUAUUUGUUUAUAGGAAAAGUUGUCCAAGUAAAUUGUAUUUGCUCCAUAGAUGUUCCUAUUGAUUAUUGCUGCUACUACUACUACUACACUAGACAGAGAAAACUGCCCAGCUGCAAUAUUUUGAGGCAUUUUGGCUUCUCUGUUUCUUCAGUUGUUGUAUUGCAUGUACAUCAUCAUCAUACAAUGUUCAUUGCCACAAUUUCUUUGCCCCUGGCUCUCUUUGUUGAGAUCUUGUAUCAGAG